AUGGCGUGGUCAUCCGUGAUCUCAAGGCCGUCCAAAACCGCUCCAUCUGUAGGAUGCUUCAUCUCUCACUUGGCUCUACUGCCCAAGUGGUCGCCUGGGGGCCGCCACCCAACAGGUGCCAGGGCAGCAGGACCCGGAGGUCUGGCCCGGCCUCCUCCCGCGGAGUGCUCGCCCGUGCGGGGCGAGGCUCCCAGGUCCCCCGCCGGCGGCAAGGACGCGGCAGAGGCUGCAGCUGCUGUAGCCGCGGGGCAGCGCGAACUUGCAGACGCUGCGGCCGCGGGCGGUGCACUUGAACAGGCAGCAGCCGAGCAUGGCGGCGGCGGGCGACCCGGGCCGCCGAGGCAGCUCCACCACGGCCACCGAGCAGCGCGGCUCGGAGCUGCAGGCCGCCGCGCACGGCCGUCAGUCCCGCACGGUCGCCGGCGCGCUCAGGAAGCUGGCGCCGGCCGCCAGGGAGUCCUUGGUGCGGAUGAUGGCGUCCGGCGUGGCGCUGUAGCCGCGGCGCCGGGCCGGGCAGCCCUCCUCCGGGAGCCAGACGCCCGCGCGCAGCUCCAGCUCCCGCUCCUCCUGCGGCCGCUCCUGCUGCGGCAGCCGGCGGAACUCCUCCAGCAGCUGCUCCACUCCCGAGAGCUGCGCGUGCAGCCCGGGCGGCGCCGCGGACGGCAGGCCGGCAGCACGGCCGCUCGGGAGCCACGGGCAGAGCAGCCGCAGCCCGCUCACCGCAGGGUUCCGCGGCGGCCGCCCGCGCCCGCGCUUUCCCGGGCGGUGAGGGCCAUGGCGGCCGGCAGCUGAGGCGGCGGGCCUAGGAGGGCCGCAGAGCGCGAGGAAGGCGUGAGAGCGCGGGGCCCUGUGCCCCUCCGGGGUGUCCGCCGCGGCCGCUACGCCCCGCGCCUCACAGCGCGGCCACUUCGGUGCCCGGUUGCGCCCCCGGAGUCGCGGGCGCGCAGUCGCCAGCGGGAACCGCAGCCACGAGAGGCACAACCGGCCCCGCCUGCACCGCCGCUCGUGCUACGGGGAGGCUUCCGGGAAC